AUGCCAGAAGAUCCCUAUGCUCGCCUUGCAGAGGAGCUGUCCAAAAGCAGUAUCUCAGCUCCACGGUUUGUGGCGCUGAGACCCGAUUCUUCGGUGCCGAGGAAAAUGCUUCAGUUCUAUGUCGUUGUCGCAACACGCGGAGUCAACGUUCGGAUACACAAGCUAUCGCUGGGUCACCUCUUGCUUCCCAAUCGUCCUGAAGCCACUUCGCAGGGCAGAGACGAGGAAAAGAUGGUGGCGUCAGUGCAGGACUUCUUCAGCGGAUCGCUACAAGAUGUCUACGUGGAUGAUUUUUUGUCGCUGCACGAAAAAUGCAGUGGGCUGGCGUCCUGCCUAGGCAGCUCUGACGAAAGUUUGGAGCUCUCGCUGACAGCUUCUUUGAGCAACCAGCUCCUGGAUGCGGGGGCAGCCGCCAUGAACUUGGGAUCUUUCGAGUUUCUGCAGCAUGCGCUCUCCAAGUGGGCGCCCGAGUUCGUGUCACCUCCUCUGCGGACACUUGAUGAUCUCUCGAACUGGCACUCCAGAUGGCCACACUUUGCCGUUCCAAUCCUGCAGGGAGGAGGGCCCAGCGUCCUACCAACUGCUUCUCUGCGCUUCUGCGUGGCGUUGUCACCCAUGGCACUAGCAGUUGACGGUCAGCUCCCCUUCGGAUGGUUCGCAGCUCUCUGCGAGGUCUUGAAAGCUGCCAAGACGGAAGCUGUCAAGUCUCUACAGGCUGACAAGGCAACUGCAGCCCUCAUAGUUGAAGGCAUAGCCCACGCGCUGCCUGGUGGCAUUGCCCCCAGUCUCCAACUCGCGCGGAAGGCCUUGGAGUCCGCAGCUUCGGAUUCGCAGAAGGGGCAUGGGCUGCUCAUUGUCAACGCCGACCAGGCCUGGCGAGAAGAAGAGGGGGUGUACGAAGUUGAGACUGGCAAGCAGAAGUCACUUGAAGAGUUGGUGGAGUUCUACGCUGAACUUGCAGAGGACGGCUGGCUCACGGCCUUGGUGAAUCCUUUCCGCGAGGCUGAUACCCAACUUGGAGCUGAAAUGCUUCGGGCACGCAGGCCCCAUCUGAAGGUGGUUCAGGAUUAUGGCCCGGACGUUGUUCCGGAGCCUGCUGUUGAAGAGGUGGCCUUUAGCACUGGCACCUGUGAGGAUGCAUGCGUGCCCUCUAAGAUGACCGGUGUGGCUCUGGUGUCCCUUGGUCGUGUGGCCUUCUGGUCACAUAGUCCUGUGGUCCCACGGAUGAAGUCCAGCUCUUUCUGGCAAGCGGCCGUGCUUCAGCAUCCAACUUUGGCCGCCUUCAUCGCAGGGUCUGAAAGCAACUACACCCACAUCACGGACAUUUCAAGGUCUGGCAGCGCAAGCGCACGGGAACCAUCCAGCCGCUGCCGUUCCUUCCGUGAGGCAAAGCGAGAAACUCGAGAAGCUGCAGGGGGAGGUGAGGCAGCCCCCCACACACUUGACGCAGUUCCCGAGGACGACGUGUUGCGCUGGUCUCAGGUGGCCAAACUGGCUGUCAGAGAAGCGCAACUGGAAGAGGUUCGAAAAAAGCAAGCGAGGAAGAUGGCUCAGAACGAAAUGAAGGAAUACUUGAAGCAGCAAAUGGAGCACAAGACGUCGGAAAAGCAGAAAGCGGUCGAAAGCGAACACAAGCUACACGAGCUGCAGCAGGUGGAACUGGAGCGCUGGAAAAGAGACCAGACGGCACAAGCCCAAGAGCGAUUGCGCAAGGUGCAGCAGGUCAUCCGUGAUCGUGAAGCACAGUCUGAAGAAGUGUAUAGGAAACGUGAGGCUGAAAAAGAACAAAAACUGGAAGAGGACAGGCGUCUGGUGCUGCGUGCUACACAUGAGAUCGAACUCGAAAAGCAAGCAGUGCAGGCGAAGAGAGAGCAGACAAAGCAGGCGCAGAUGGCUUUGGUUCGAGAAGUUGGCCAGGACCAAGAGAAACGAAGCGAAGCUCGGCAGCGACGCAUUCAAGAAGAAAAGCGCGCGCUGCAAGAGUAUGCCGAGCUGCUGGACAAGCAGGAGGCCCGGAGCAAGGCGACGAAGCCCAAAAUCCGUGACCAACUUCCAGCAGCACCGCCAAGGGUCAAGAGGAAAGGGGAGGAGCUGUACUAUGACCAAGACAUUGUCAUGAGGAUACACAACGAAGCCCUGGCGCGGGAAGAACAGGCCGACCUGGACAAGCAAGCACAUCUCAAGAUGGAGCGACGCAAGAAUCAGGACUUUCUCUUCCAGCAGAUUGCAGAAAGGGACCAGCAAAAGAAGCUGAUCCGGGAGCAGAAAAGCAGCUUGAAGGCUGCUGCUCAGGCCGCAGCGGAGGAGCACCGCGCAGCAGAGACGCACCAACUGAAUGAACGCAGGAAGAAAUAUUUGCAGUAUCGGUUGGACCUGGAGGGACAGAUGCGUGCCAAACAAGUUCCACAGCAGGCUCGAGAGGACCAGAUGAGCGGGGCUGAAAAAGCCAUCAACCGCAAGUAUGUUAUGGAGGCACUGCAGAAGACUUCUGAG